AUGUCAAAAGGAUCAAUCUUAUUCAUCUUCACCUCUGCCGACAAGGUAUUAGACGGUAAAGAAACAGGAUGGUAUCUUCCCGAAGCAGCUCAUCCGUACUAUGUCCUAUCUAAGGAUUUCAACAUCGAAGCUGCAUCCACCAAAGGAGGUGCUGUACCAUUGGAUGAAACUUCCAAGAAGAUGUUCACCGAUGAUGAAUCAGUUAAGUUCUUGAGUGAUCCCAAAGCUCAAGCGUUGGUAAAGAACACUAAGAAGAUAUCGGAUGUUAAGGCGGAUGAUUAUUUGGCGAUUUUCGUUGUUGGUGGGCACGGUCCUCUCAUCGAUCUUGCACCAAGUAAAGAAUUUGCCAAACUCGUCGAAGAUUUCUACGCAUCCAAGAAGGUCGUCUCAGCCGUAUGUCACGGUCCAGCUGCCCUAAUCGGAGCUAAGAAACCCAAUUCUUCCGAAUCGAUCUUCAACGGUAUCGAAGCUACUGUAUUCACCAAUUCUGAAGAAGCCCAAACUCCCUAUAACGAUUUCGUCAAUACUCUACCUUUCAGCCCUGAAGAUAAAUUGAAAGAAUUGGGUGCUAAAUUUGUUAGAACGGAAGAUUGGGGUGUUAAAGUUGUUUAUGAUGGUGGUGUUUUGACUGGUCAAAAUCCCGCUUCGGCUGGAGCAUUAGGUGAAAAACUUAAAGAAAUCCUUCUUUCUGCUUAA